UCAUGUUACUUAUAUUAUUUUCCAUAUUUUUACAGAUUUCUCAAUGCUACGCCCUGGCCAACUACACAUUCAACAAAGACAUAAUUCCUCACGAUAUGAAGGAAUUUCAACAACAAACAAGGGACUAUAUGUACACGAACCCUCUCACUAAAGGAGAAUUAGACAGAAUGAUAGAAAACACAGAAAGCGUGAUACCCGACUUUGACCUUGACUCCAUCAAGGAUAGCUCUAAACGGUUCGAAAAACUAAAAGCCACUUACGAUGAAAUGAAAAAGACGAAAAGUUUUAAGUUCGAAACGACGUCAGAAGAAAAUAUAUUGAGGCAGAAAAAGAAAACAACAAAAAAUAAAGAAAAGGAAAUUAAGAAAAGCGCUAUGCAACGAGCCAUUGAUUUGAUGACACAAUUUGUUUACGCGGCGAGGUACAAAUUAACAUUAGGCCAAAUGUUGAGAACGGAAUAUAAAUCAAAACUUGAGUAUAAAAUCGGUUAUUGCUUCGCUCUUAUGAGGGACAUACGGCAACAGCAACUAUUGUUAUAUUCCGCCAUGCACUUUAACUACGUUCAGUACGUCGAUUAUAAAUAUGUAGGCGUUAAAGGGACAUCCUACCACGAUCUACAGUCAUAUUUCCAAAUGUACGAGAAGAUUGCAAAACUCGACGUGGACAUGAAAGACGUCGUGGCUUUGGCGCAGAAGUUAAUGAACAUAAGGAAAAUGAAUCCUAGCUCAAGGCCAACCACUGAUAUUUCAUAAGUCAUAUUGGUUCUCUCUUUCUUUAUUUUCGGUUUCUAGGUCAGGAUUUUUUACAAUAUGUAUAUCAAAAUAAAAUAUAAAAACACUUAUAAAACAAUAAAA